AUGCCCAAAAAACCCGUACUCGAGGAGGUCGACGAUGAUGAUAUCGAUAACAUGGACAUGGACAUUGCGCAGUUCGACCCGAACUUGAAAACGCCCAUUGCGCCCAUCCAAAAACCAGUCAUUACUCGGUCGCAAGAUUCAGAACCGUCAGUGUUCGAUAACUUCCCAAAGCCAGCGCCCCAGCCGAAAAGGUCCGACAUUGUCGAUCCAAGCAAAUUCAGCGCCCAGGAAAGAGAAGAAAUCCGCCGCUUCCAGGUCAUCUAUCCAUGCUACUUUGAUGUGAACAGAUCUCACAAAGAAGGAAGAAGAGUCAGCACCCAGGAUGCUGUGCGUAACCCUUUGGCCAAAACGAUUUCCGACGCGUGCCGCCAGCUCAGAAUUCCGGUUCUUCUUGAAUUGGAUAAGUCGCAUCCGCAAGAUUACGGCAACCCAGGCCGUGUUCGUGUAUUGGUGAAAGAAAAUGGAGUUGCAGGCAACAGCAGGUUUCCAAAUAAGCGGGCGUUGUUGCUUGAAAUCUCCAAGUACUUGAAAGAGCACCCUACAACUUUGGCCAGUGUGGGACGGCUGAGCGGCAUUCCAUACCCUCCAGAGUUUGAAACGUAUGAGCCAGAAGAGUUGCCUCAGCUCAAGAACAAGAGAAUGAACACCAUUGUGCCAAUCCACUCGAACUUGACGUUGAAACACCCUAUGACAAAGCUGAUUUACGAGCCUCUUCCUGAAACACCAGAAGCCCCCAAGCUUCCCAAGGCACCUAAACAGCAGAAGAAGAUUAUGAAGAUUCGUGGGUAA